AUGGUACUAGCACAUGCGCUCAACGAGGUUCACAACCGAUGGAUCGAUAUUCGGAGGCAUACAAGGGUCAGCACAUCACAUGGACAGUCUCGUUUAAUGGAUGUCUCAUUGCUUUUGUUGCUUUGCUGCGGUUUCGCUCUUGGCAAAAUUCAUCAUUUGACUCUGAGGGGCGACGCUCGCAGAAACAUUGUUCUGACAAGUUUUGGCUAUGCAGAGGGCGGCACUUUUGACCUGGUGUUGGUGAAUUUCACUGUUCCAGAAUCUAUAUUAGAUAAGGUUGAUUCAAGGGAGAACGCCGAUAAGUCGGGUGUCAUUGGCUUUUCUCUUUCCCGUGGUAAUUCUAUUGCUGCUGGGGUAGGUUCGAACCCGCACGUUUGCCAGCUUCAGCAGACAGACCAGGGUUUUGAUGCUUUGUUCUUUUUCGCCGAUCUGCCUCAAAAUCGUCUUCGAGUAUUCCGAUCAGGGGCAGGAAAGCAAAUUCAUCUAUGUGCUUCCCACGAUGAAUGUGCUCGAGAUGCAAGCGAUCAAGAUCAGCCAUCUGUAGAAGAGGAGGCGAAUUCUCUUGCCACUCCACCCACACGAAAUCGUCGUGAUGGUGAGGGCUGGUUGGACAAGUUUAAGCGGAUUUUUUCUGGCGGCGACUCUGGAAAACCAUACGAAGAUUUCGUCCCUUUGGAAAAGAAGGGCUUAUUGUAUUCGACCAAUAUAUCAAUCCGUUUUCCUUAUGCUCUCCGUGGAAAGUACCACUUUAUUUAUCAUAAUUGUUUCAACUACCGCGCGCAUGGUUACAGUGAUCGUGUCGCUGUGGACUUUACAGUGUGGAUCGUUGAGCGAAAUAUUGGCUCAUUCCUUUCCGCCGGCGACAUCCCCAAACCGCAGCUCUUUUUAUAUGUGUCGCUGGCUUUUGUGCUUUCCGCCGCUCUUUGGUGUAGACUCCUGUGUCUGUCCAGCCGUACAAAUGUUUAUCGCGUUCAUGGGCUUAUGACUGCUCUCGUGUUCCUCAAAGCUGCUUCGUUGUUUUUCCAUGGUGUCAACUUUUUCUUUAUUAGCAAAUAUGGACAGCAAAGUGAACUAUGGGCAGUUGUCUACUACAUAACUCACCUAUUAAAAGGAGCCCUUCUUUUCGGUACAAUCAUCCUUAUUGGUACUGGAUACACAUUUUUCAAAAACUUUUUAACCGAACGCGAUAGGAAAGUCUUCAUGGUGGUGCUGCCUUUACAGAUUGUGGACAAUAUCGCGAUGGUUAUUUUGGAGGAAAGUGAGUUUGGACAGCAAGGGUAUCAGCUUUGGUUUGAGAUGUUUGUAUUCAUCGAUAUGAUCUGCUGUUUCCUUAUCAUAUUCCCCAUUAUAUGGUCCAUGCAUCAUCUGUCGGAGGGUGCGCGAAGUGAUGGAAAAGCUGCCUUCAACCUCGAAAAACUUCGACUUUUCCGGCAUUUUUACAUAAUUGUGAUAUCGUACGUGUAUCUAACGAGGGUAAUCAAGUUAUUGCUGCAGUAUGCCUUGCCUUUUGAUCAAGAAUGGGUGACAGAUGCAAUUGUUGAGUGCUCCACACUCAUAUUCUUUAUACUGGUCGGAAUAUUGUUCCGCCCGCAACCGGCGAACCCCUACCUAAAGCUCAAUCAGGACUCGGAUGAUGAAGAGGAUAUCUCGCUGACUCAAAAUGGACUCUUGGAAGGAGUCGUCAACCGUGGAUCAUCGAAUGCUCUCAUUGCUCCUGAGAUCGGUGCAAAUGAUCUAGAUUGCCCAACAUUGACUGUGGAAGACAACACAACUUCUUCGUUUGGACGCCGUCGUGUUGAAGGAUUUGAAAAAACGCUCCUCUAGUAUGUGCUGUGAGCUACAGCUUAUAAUCUGUUGUCAGUGGCUGCGGUCAAGCGAUUAUAUGUUAAAAAGCGACUUUUUUUCGAUAUAUGACGAAUUUACUCUAGGCUUAUAAACAUCCUUUACAUGAACAUUUAAUUCUGCUGCGCUUUCUGAGUGUUAUGGGUCUUUUCGUACGUCUGGUAAAGCAAUUGUGUCUUUUUUAGUGGUUUUUAUAAAGCACAAGUUCAUGCAAAAGGCGGAAAGCGCUAGCGGAUCAGUUAUUUUAUGUGCAUUCCUAACAAUUCCAGAAAUCUAACUGCGAUCUUCUGCAGGUUUCGAGAAAAUAAUGAUUUUUUUCAAAUUACAACAUCAAUCUAUAUGAUAAUAAUUGGUGCAUGCACGUUGGCUUAUCUCUGCGUCGCUUCUACUGGCCCGGUACUGCACCGCUAUGGGUAACUUGUUGCACUUUCAAUAGUGAUUGAUGGCUCAACAAUACUUUUGAUGUCUUUUUCUUUUGAUCACGGCUGAUUUUCUUUGCAAGAAGGCAUGCUUUAUUACUGUACUGUGAUUACUUCUCCAUAGAGUUAGUCUUGGUUCGAAAUUGCCUCACCGAAUAUGUGGCAACUUAUUGAUUCCAGUCAUUCAGUUGUGUGCUGCGAUGAUUUUCUCCAGCUUAUCCAAAAAUCAUUUCAUGUGUUCAUGCCUGUACAUUUAGAAUUAUGCGUUGAACGUACAACUGUUUACUUUUUCUUUACAUAUGCUUACGUAAUAUUUUUUUGUACUGGUCAUAGAGCGGUUCUUGGUGUUUUAACUCUCUUGGAUGAAUUGUAUAUAGAAUCAUUUGCUCCGGUAAUGAAUUGAUGCUGCUC